GAAAUCUCAACCCUGCUUAUGACUUCAGUUAGGUACUGAUGUUGGAGACACACAAGCUCCUGUUUUUAUUCUCACUUUCAGCACUGCAGCAUUGAUGAUCCACCUCUGCCUGGACACAGAUCCAUAAAGGUCAGCCUGGGACCCUGAGCAUCUCAGAGGGAGGAGUCAGUCUGGAAGUUCCCGCCCUCUUUAUCCCCGAACACAUGGCUGCAUAACGACUGCUCCAUAAUGGCAGUGGGUGGGACCCUGAUGUACACCAGGAUCACUCUUCUGCUGCUCUGCCUUGGGGUAUCUCUGUCCAUUCAUGGCCUCUCCCAGGCCAGGCCCUCCCAGCAUUUCAGCUCCCCAGAGGUGGUGAUCCCCUCGAAGGUGACCAGCAGGGGUAGAGGUGCAAAGGCUCCAGGAUGGCUCUCCUACCGCCUGCGGAUUGGGGGCCAGAGGCACACUGUCCACCUGAGGGUCAAGAAGCUGUUGGUUUCCACACACCUCCCUGUGUUCACCUACACAGAGCAGCAUGGCCUCCAGGAGGAUCAUCCCUUUGUCCCUGAUGAUUGUUACUAUCAUGGUUACGUGGAGGGGGCCCCCGAGUCUCUGGUUGCCCUCAGCACCUGUUCUGGGGGAUUUCGAGGAAUGCUACAGAUAAAUGACCUCAUGUAUGAAAUCGAACCCAUCAGGCACUCUGCCACAUUUGAGCACCUGGUGUAUCAGGUAGGCAGUGAUGAGACAGAGUCCCCACACAUGAGAUGUGGGUUGACAGAAGAAUCAAUAACACGCCAAAAGGAGUUGCAUGCAUCAUAUAAUUCUACUCUGAAACAAAGUUCUAAUGUGGGCUGGUGGACUCACUGGCGAUUUGUGGAGCUGGGAGUGGUUGUGGACCAUGUUAGAUUUCUUUAUUCCCAAAGUAAUGUGUCAGUAGUGUACAAUGAAGUAUCUCACGUUAUCAAUAUAGUGGAUGAAUUUUAUUACCUUAUGCAAGUUGACAUAACAUUGAUUGGUAUUGAGAUCUGGAAUAAAAGAAAUCCUAUUUCUACAAGUAAUGAUCUAGGGGAAGUUUUGUGGGAUUUUGCUGUUUGGAAGGAUUCACAUCUCGAAUCCCGUCUUCACCAUGAUGCUGCACAUCUUUUCAUAAAAGAAGUACAUGACCAAACAGUUGGUAUGGCCUUUAUUACAGGAAUAUGUGAUCCCCCUUUUAACUGUGCAGUUAGUGUUUUUGAAAGCCAAGACUUAUUUCUUUGUGCACUUACUGUGGCCCAUGAACUUGGUCAUAAUUUGGGUAUGAGGCAUGAUGAUCAGUGGUGCGCAUGCGAACUAGAGUGGUGCCUAAUGUAUGCCUUCAGAGAGAACACAACUAAAUUCAGUAAUUGCAGUUACGCGCAAUAUUAUGAUACUACCAGGAAUCCUGGAAUGUGUAUUCACUCUCCUCCAUAUACAGGGUUUGUCUCUGGGUUGAAGUUCUGUGGGAACAGGGUGGUUGAAGAAGGAGAGGAGUGCGACUGUGGAUCUGUACAUCAGUGUGAACGUGAUCCCUGUUGUCUUUUGGACUGUGCUCUGAGGCCUGGCGCUGCUUGUGCUUCUGGCAGUUGUUGCAAAGACUGCAAAUUCUUGCCACCAGGGACUUUAUGUAGGCAGCAGGUCAGUGAAUGUGACCUUCCAGAGUGGUGCAAUGGGACAUCACACGAGUGCCCGGAUGAUGUAUAUAUACAGGAUGGCACCCCCUGUAUGGGUGGUGCCUCCUGCUAUGCAAAGACAUGUAAUAACCCUGAUGUUCAGUGUAAGGAGAUUUUUGGCCGAGAGGCAAGGAGUGCGUCUGAGGUUUGCUACAGUGAAGUGAACACCCAAGGAACUCGUUUUGGCCACUGUGGUAUUGUAGAAACCACAUAUGUAAAAUGUAUGGCUCCUGAUAUCAUGUGUGGGAGAAUUCAGUGUGAAAACGUCCUCAAAGUUCCCAAUCUGAAGGAACAUUCUACCGUGCACCAGUAUCACUUCAAUGAUACCAUUUGCUGGGGCACUGAUUAUCACUUAGGGAUGUUCAUACCUGACAUUGGUGAGGUGAAAGAUGGCACAGUGUGCGCUCCAGGAAAGAUCUGCAUUGGCAGGAAAUGUGCCAGUGUGAAUCAUGCGCCACAAAACUGCGAGCCCCUGCAUUGCAGCAUGAGAGGAGUCUGCAAUAACAGACAGCACUGCCACUGUCGCCACGGGUGGGCACCUCCCAACUGCAGCUAUAAAGGCCAUGGAGGGAGCGUGGAUAGCGGUCCACCUCCUACGAACAGGAGGGAAGGAUUGAGCAUGGUAGGCAAUGUGGGUUACACCUCGGCAUUACUUGUGAUUCCUUUGAUAACUUUUCUUCUCUAUUACUUUACUGUACUUUUCAAGAAAGAGAAACACACACACACACAAGUUGAGAACAAAGAAGAAGCAAAGGAAGCAAAGGGAACAGAAGAAAAUAGAGUGGAAGAAAACAGAGUGGAAUAG